AUGAACACAACUCCCCAUAAACCCAAGACAGCCUCUGAGCACAGAAAGUCAUCAAAGCCAAUAAUGGAGAAGAGGAGAAGAGCCAGCAUUAACGAGAGCCUGGCUCAGCUAAAAACCCUCAUCCUGGAUGCUCUCGGGAAAGCUAGCUCCAGACACUCUAAACUGGAUAAGGCGGACAUCCUGGAGAUGACGGUGAAGCAUCUCCAGAACCUCCAGAGGGCUCAAAUGACCGCUGCCCUGAACACCAACCUACAGUCCUGGGGAAAUAUCCAGCUGGUUUCAAUGAAUGAGACUGGUCCUCAGGGACCUUGGGAUGAAAGAUGCAUGCUGGACAAUGACCUCACAUUUGAUGCAAAUCGUUUUGAGCUGGGUGGUGAUAUGGCCAUAAAAGAUGGCCCCUGUGCAUGCACCCUUCUGAAUAAGCUCUACUGCCAGCUUACAAAGACCAGCCCCAUAGAAAUUCUGGUCACCAAGAAUACCCAAACAGGGGCCGUUCUCAGGGCCACAGCCAUCUACAAAAAGACCGAGCAUGAGGGCGGAGUUAUGAGACGGUGUCCCCACCAAAAUGGCAAGUAUGGGGAAGUUAAAAGGUGA